AUGGAUAAUCAGGGAGCUUAUCCGGACUUUCCUUUGGAACAGGAUGAGUUCUACCCGUGCAAGGGCUGUGGAGAGACUCUUGAGGAAGGGAAAGCAUUUGAGCUUGGUAUGUCGGAUAUUUGCGUUUUCUUUAACCGUUUUCUCAUGUCGCUAACCUGUGACAGCUGGAAACCGAUGGCACAUCGACUGUUUCCGAUGCAGCACAUGCAGCACUCUGCUUGA